AUGAACCCAGUGGACAUCAAUACCCUGCAACAAGCCCUCACCAGCCAGGGCUCCCUACUGGGUCUGCAUGAUCAAAUUCUCCGGGAGGUCAUGGAGAACCUCUGUUCCCUGUCUGCUAACGUAACAAAGAUCGAGACAAGUGCACUGACCAGCACAUCAACCACAGUGACCAGUACACUGACCAGCACAUCGACCACAGAGACCAGUACACUGACCAGCUCAUCGACCACAGUAACCCGUACACCGACCAGCACACCAAACACUGAGACCAGUACACCGACCAGCACAUCCAACACAGAGACCAGUACACCGACCAGCACAACGACCACAGAGACCAGUACACCCACCAGCACAUCGACCACACAGACCAGUACACCGACCAGCACAUCGACCAGAGAAACCAGUACACUGACCAGUACAUCGACCACAGAGACCAGUACACCGACCACAGAGGCCAGUAUACCGACCAGCACACCGACCACAGAGACCAGUACACCGACCAGCACAUCGACCAGUACAUCGACCACAGAAACCAGUACACUGACCAGUACAUCUACCACAGUGACCAGUACACCGACCAGCACAUUGACCACAGAGACCAGUACUCUGACCAGCAUGUCGACCACAGAGACCAGUACACCGACCAGCACAUCUACCACAGUGACCAGUACACCAACCACAUUGACCACAGUGACCAGUACACCGACCAGCACAUCCACAACAGUGACCAGAACACCGACCACAGUGACCAGUACACCGACCAGCACAUCAACCACAGUGACCAGUACACCCACCAGGACAUCGACCACAGAGACCAGUACACUGACCAGCACAUCAACCACAGUGACCAGUACACCAACCAGCACAUCGACCACAGUGACCAGUACACCGACCACAGUGACCAGUACAUCAACCACAGUGACCAGUACACCCACCAGCACAUCGACCACAGAGACCAGUACACCGACCAGCACAUCGACCACAGUGACCAGUACACCGACCAGUGCAUUUAGCACAGUGACCAGUACACUGACCAGCACAUCAACCACAGUGACCAGUACACCAACCAGCACAUCCACCACAGUGACCAGUACACCGACCAGCUCAAUGACCACAGAGACCAGUACACCGACCAGCACAUCAACCACAGAGACCACUCCGUCGACCACAGAGACAAGUGCACUGACCAGCACAUCGACCACAGUGACCAGUACACUGACCAGCACAUCGACCACAGAGACCAGUACACCGACCAGCACACCAAACACUGAGACCAGUACACUGACCAGCUCAUCGACCACAACCAGUACACCGACCAGUACAUCCACCACAGUGACCAGUACCCCGUCCACAUCAACCACAGAGACCAGUACACCGACCAGCACAUCCACCACAGUGACCAGUACCCCGUCCAGCACAUCCACCACAGUGACCAGUACCCCGACCAGCACAUCCACCACAGUGACCAGUACACCGACCAGUACAUCCACCACAGUGACCAGUACACCGACCAGUACAUCCACCACAGUGACCAGUACACCGACCAGCACAUCGACCACAGGGACCAGUACACCGACCAGCACAUCGGCCACAGGGACCAGUACACUGACCAGUACAUCGACCACAGGGACCAGUACACUGACCAGUACAUCGACCACAGGGACCAGUACACUGACCACAUCCUCCACCGUGACCAGUACACCGACCAGCACAUCAACCACAGUGACCAGUACACCAACCAGCACAUCCACCACAGAGACCAGUACACCGACCAGCACAUCCACCACAGAGACCAGUACACUGACCAGCACAUCAACCACAGAGACCAGUACACUGACCAGCACAUCCACCACACAGACCAGUACACUGAACAGUACAUCAACCACAGAGACCAGUACACCAACCAGCACAUCAACCACAGAGACCAGUACACCGACCAGUACAUCAACCACAGUGACCAGUACACCAACCACAUCGACCAUAGAGACCAGUACACUGACCAGCACAUCAACCACAGAGACCGGUACACCGACCAGCACAUCGACCACAGAGACCACCCAGCACGUCACCUACUCUAACCAGUACACCAACAGGAACUUCAGCAAAGCCACCAGGUCAACCCAGCAGUACAUCAAAUGUGCCAACCACAGAUACUUCAACAGGCCGCACAAAAUCCACAAUGACCUCCUCCUCAACAACCAAAAAACAGGUGUUGUCGACAGCCGUUACAACUCCUCGGACCACUGUGCGUCCCACCACAACUAA